AUGGUAGAAAAAGUGCACAUAAAGAAACGUAACAUGCCGGGAAUUGUUCCAUGGGAGCCCUAUAAGGCAGCAAUAUCAGCCCACACAAAAGGAAGCCAUCCUGGUGUUUUACCACCACUGAUCAAAUAUCAGUUUGUGAAGACGGAUUUUACUGCAUCUAAGAAUAAACCUGAAUUGAAAGCUACUGAAGGGCAUUUUCCAGAAAACGUGGGUCUAGGAGAAAUGGAAAUUUCUGACCUAUCGCGAGUGCGCCCACUUGGUGAUGGGAAAGAAUCUUCGUCGCUCGGUGGAAAUAUUGAAGUUGGAAAAGAAAAGAAUGCUAAUAAUGCAGAGGAAUUUAAAAGGCUAAAAAGAGAUCUUGAGUUAGAAAGACAGUUGACAGAUGAACUAAAACGUAUACUUGUUGCUACAAUGGGUGAUGAUUUGACAUGUCAUGUGAAGUCGCUUAGCGAAGAUAAAGUUCGCCUUGCUCAUAUGAUGAUGAAAUUUGAAGCCCAGAUCUCGCAUGACCACGAUAGGGCUGAAAAUUUGGCAAUAUUAGCUGAUAUGUGGCGUUGUAAAUUCUUGGCAAUGAGUAUUCGAGCGGAUGAAAUGCUUAUUCAGCGAUAUAGUCUAAUUUCUUAUUGCAGGCAGCUGCAAAUAUUGCUAAACAGAUUCCUUGAUACAAAUCAGGAUCAGAUCCGCAGAAAGUCCAUAUCUCCAGUUUUGGAAACAUUGAUAAACGAAGCUCGUGCAAUGCUAAAAACUGAUUUGUCGACAUUUUUUGAACGUUCACCAUGUGAUGAGAAAAUUUAUAAACCGGUUCCACAUACGUCGAAUAUUACAAUUACUUGUUGCAAAUACUGUAUAGGUAAGGAAAUUAAGUUAAUUUAA